AUGCACUCAAUUGCUUCUUUUGAUUGUGCAGAAAUCAGCGGCGACGAUAACCAGCGCAGAUCUAAACCUUCUGGCAGAUUCUGGACUAGCAAUGCAAGCUGCGGAUGGAGUUUCGAGUUCUUCUGUAUGGCGGCGAGCUUCCUGUGCACCGGUGCUAUCAGCGUCAUUCUCUUUCAGAUGAACCACCGGAGCGCUCAGAGCUGGACCUUUCACUUCACCAUCAACUCGGUAAUCGCCGCCCUAUCCACGCUUCUGAAGAUUACAGUAACCGCCGUGCUGGCGUCUUGCCUGAGCCAGAUGAAGUGGCUUCACUUUAAAACAUCUGCCCGACAGCUACGUGACCUUGAUCUUUAUGAUGCCGCCAGCCGGGGCAGUACUUGGGGCGCGGCUGUCGUGCUGUGGUACUCCCUGUGUAAAUGGUCGAGCUUUACGGCUGCAGCGGCCGCAUUUACGACUAUUCUUGUUCUACCUAAGAGCAUUGCCGUCCAGCAGUUGGUCGGUACAGACCUGCGCAGUGUCACUGUCGAAGGCCAGAACGCCUCGUUCCCCGUAUGUCUUGAUUAUAACGGCGGGACGAUUUCCGAUGCGGCUCAUGGCAGUGAUUUCUAUCCGCAAGCUUCAACGGCCGAUGUCAAGAUGCAGGGGGCAAUCUACAAUGGCAUUUUCAAUAUUAGCACAACACCCAUCUACACAUGUCCAUCGACGUGUGUCUGGGACACUGAUAUAUACCAUACUCUGGGAUUCCACGCCAAUUGUACGGAUGUUACAAAGUCGAUGGUGGUGAGCCCCUACCCAUCUAGUGCCUGGAUCACAGCGUAUUCUGUCAUGACCCCCAACAAUAUAUCAAUGUCAGCAAACUUUUCCACAACCGCCAACCAGGCUGUUAUUAACGUCAAAGCUAUCGAUCUGACUGGCGAAUUUUCCAGCACUAUGCCGGCUGAGUUCAUCCGCAUCGGAAUUCUCAAAUCGCCCGUUACAAACGAGGCCAAUAACGUCAUUGACCAACAUUUUCUGGAAGGAGUGGCGCUCUGGAAAGACUCCACUGUGGCAGUCCUUUACCACGGUGUUGUUUCCAACACCGGCUCUCCAGACAUUAUUCGCACGGACAUCGAGAGUACAGAGAACCUGAACACUCUGGCUAAGCAAUCGAAGGCCAGACUGGAUUGA